AUGAUGUCAUGCUCUAGAGCCGCGCGUGACCGCCGGGGCCCGCCCUCGUCGCCCAUUGGCAGUCGCCAGUCUCUCGUCAGCGCAGCGGCGCUUCCGAUUGGCCCGCGCCUCCGCCCCGCCACCGCCCCUUGGAAAAUAAUAAACAAUCGAGUAAAAUGCGGCGCGGGGAGGGGUGUGUGGUGGGGGAGGGGCGGGGGUGUCGGUGUCGCUGGUGUCCGGGGUCUCGGCCGGGGUGCCCGGCGUCGUGUGUAUAGGCACCGACACCCUUCCCUCAGCCGCCGUGACGGCCUUGGGCGGGCUCGGCCGGGGCCGCACUCAGGAGGCAGCGGCGGCGGGCCGGGAGAGCUGUGUGGGCCCCGGGCCGGGCCUGCUGCGGGACUGGCUGUUGGGGUGAGCACCGGCCGCCAGGCCCUGGCUGGCGUGAGGCUGGCGGGGAGGCAGCCGCUGAUGCAUGGUGGGGACGGGCGGCUUCGGUACGGUCCCUGCAAGCCCUGCCCGCUCCCCAUCCCGCGGAGCUGCCCUCUCGUUCAGCAGGGGAAAGCAGUGAGCAGGCUUCGGGUACGGCUGAUGGCGGCGCUGGGAGUAAAGGCUUUCCGGAAGGAAUGUUGGGACUAAUCAUGUGAGAAAGGAUCCUGGAGUGAGAGACUGCAUGUAUCCCGUGUCUGAGAUCAGGGUUUAUUCUGUGAAGCUGACCUUUAAAACAGCCUGAAAAUGAGGAACGUGGCACCAGAGAG